UUAGAUGUAUCUAUUCCCGUCUAUAACGUUGACGGUACGCUUAACGCAGGUGGCUGUAUCACACACAAAUGUUCCUUUGUUGUCGAGUACCAAGGACACAGGGAACACGUCACUGCCAAAGCUACCCAACUAGGGAAGAUUAAUUUAAUCUUGGGCUGGACCUGGCUAUUCAAACACAAUCCUGAGAUUGACUGGCAGACAGGGGUUAUCACAUUGUCA